CGCUUGCCUGCCGUCCACUCUACAACUCGUGAUACAACGUUCAGGUGAUUACUCAGAUUUUAGAACAAAGAACCGUGCACGGUAAAGAAAUAUCGCAGGUGGACGCUCAUAGAUAAAAAUCAGAAGUGCAGUAUGCAAUAUAAAAUUGCAAUAUAAAAUGGAAAGUUUACAUCAAGAUAUCCUUAAACGCCUACAGAAGCAAAUAAUUAUCGAUUUAGACGUUAAUAAUGGCAUUAUAUUGCCCCUGAAAACCGAAUUUGUUUUAAACGACAUUGAUGUGGAACGCAUCAACGCUGGAGCUAAUGACCAACAAAGAACCAAAAUCUUAUUAGACAUACUUCCAAGAUGCGGUCCACGCGCCUUUGAAGUGUUUCAUCAAGCACUAAAACAUCACUACGAAUGGCUUAGCGAUGCUAUAGAUGAACUGCUUGGUAACUACAAAGUAGAAAGAAAUGAAGUAAAUUGUUAUUACACGGCACUUUCUGGCCUUCCACCCAUUUCCCCGCUGUCAGUUACCAGAAAUGAAAAGAUUGGCCAGUUAACUAAUGCUUUGCAGCAAUUAAACCCCGGAGAAUAUAUUACGUUACACGGCAUGAAAGGAUUUGGAAAGUCAUGUCUAACUGCUCUUACUCUGAAAAACAUGAAAUUAAUGGCGGAUCUAUUCUCGUGCGAGGUUUACUGGCUUAAAUUUAUAUGCGAACGCUCAAUCGACGAAGAGAUAUUAAUUCAAUUAAAUACGCUCUAUCACAAAGUAAAAAAUUUGGAAACUCAGCUAGAACCAUUCACUCCGCUGGAAAAGGAUUCCUUGAUUCGAUUUUUAGAACAUCAUUUUAGCAAACCGGAGCAUCAAAAUGCCUUAUUAAUUUUAGAUGACGUUUACCACAAGAAAAUUAUUAAGGCUUUUGAUUUCGAAUGUAAGACUCUAGUUCUUACCACUGAUAUUGAUAUUUUAGAUGGAAGAGUUAGUAAGCACAAAAUAAAGAUGGAUGACGGAUUUACAGAAACAGAGACGUUAGGUUUAUUUGCUCAAGUGUUAAAUAUAGACAUAGACCAAUUGCCCCCAGAAGCAAAGAAAAUUCACAGAGAAUGUAAGGGAAUGCCGUUGCUCAUAGCUAUGUUUGCGGCACACUUUGAAGAGUUUAAGGAAGACAUGAAAAUAGUAGACGGAACGCAUGACAGAUGGAAAUAUUACCUACAAUCUUUGAAAACAAAAAAUCCGAACAACAAGGUAAUCAAAGAGUUCUUAGAAAAGCAAGAAACUAUUUUUGAUAUGUGUAUUGAUCAAUUGAAACCAGACCUGAAGGAGCAGUACAAGACAUUAGCCAUUUUCAAUGAAGAUGUUAACAUAACGCCAAUGACGCUAAAAAUUAUCUGGGGACAAGACGAGUCAUUCAACGUGGAACAGCAAAUGCUGGACCUGUGUCACAAGUCACUCGCCGCGAAGAAAUGGAACAAAGAUACAAAGAGCUACAUUUACGGUGUGCACGAUUUGCUAUUGUGUCAUUUACGGAAAAAAUUACAACCGGACAAACUGAUGCAGUUGCACAGAUUGGUUAUCGAUAUGUAUCGCAUGUACUGCAAAGACGAUUUCUCACAGUUGCCGGAUGACAAUUACAUACACUCUUAUAUCGGCUAUCAUUUGGAGCAAGCCAAGAUGUACGAGGAAUUUCCGCGCCUUUACUUCGAUUUUGACUUUAUCCAAGCUAAAAUUAUAUAUUCAGGUUUAAGCGAUUUAUUGCUGGAUUUAAAGAAAUAUCGCACGUACAUAACGCGCAACAACAGUGAUUGCGAGAGACAUGUUUCAGACUUGGAAACGUUUCUCCAAGACCAAGUGAGCGUCAUAACAGAACACAGGCGUAAGAAUUGCCUUGAUAUCGUCCAAAUCGCGAUGAAUUCGCAGCAAGACUAUGUCAGGCAAAGCGCGAGGAAUCUAGUUAUGCAAAGACAACAAUUCCUGUACUUAUCUCAUGAUAAGAAGCCCGCACACGCCAAUAUGACGCACAGCGAGGAAGUGUCGGCUGGAAUAUGCACAUCGUCCUUCACGGAUGAACCUCAUAGGAUUCUGGCGGGCUACACGUCGGGCAAAGUAAUCUUGUGGGACUGCGAGAACAAACAGCGAACUAUCCUCAACAGUUGCAAUAAUGAGAUUUCCGUUAAGAAGAUCGUCGUGUCCGCGGGAGGUGACUACUUCCUUACAUUGACUGACAACGGCGUGGUAAAAUUGUUUCGUCUGUUCUAUGAACAAGAUCAUCCGUAUAAUGUACACAUUGACAGUGCAAAGGAGAAGCAAAAGAGUUGGACUGACUUCUUUACGAAUGAUAAGGAGGACGACAGCUUGUUGAAGUUGUCGAUCAAAAACGAGAUCAUAUUGGACGUGGAAUUCGGAUAUCAGGAUAAAUUCAUUGCUGGGUGUACUAACAAAGGGACUGUCCAGAUAUGGAAUCGGAAAGGCGAAGUUGUAUCUUCCAUAGAAAACAAGAAAAACGAUUCAAUCACGAAGAUAACCUUCACUGACCAGGGUGCAUUGUUACACGUUAUGAAUGAGUCAAACGGUUCCUUUACGGUGUACAGAAGUGGUAAUGAUCGCGGCAUGUACGAAUAUGCUUCCUCUUAUAAUACACAAUUACAAGAGAGACAAGUUAUCUAUUUCCAUAACGUGCCAGAGCACGACAACUCCUUGAUGAUCGUUACCAGCAAAAGAGCUCUAUAUGUAAGAUGGAUAUACCAUUCGAAUGACCGUUUGGUGUACAAUUUUAUAAAGCAGGAAAGGGCAUGUGUCGAGAAUGACACGAUAACUUAUGUCUGCGCUGCCAUCACCUACGAUGGUGAAUACUUGGUUGUGGCUGAUUCCGCUGGUUUUGUCAACGUAUGGUACGCGGACACUGGCUAUCAACCGAUUGCGACCUACAGAAACUGUGUCACGUCUCUGGAUACCUAUUGGUUGCAGGACGAAUAUUGUCAUCUCAUAUGCGGCACUGAGAAUAGUUUGCUGCACAAAUGGAAACUACCAAUACAAGUCUCGUCAUCGACGUUGGUGAGGAAGUCCCUAUUUGACGCAAUCGUACGAUCGUAUGACAAAGAAGACGUUAUUGUGAAAGAAAGCUUAACAAACCACAUUGUAAUAUUGCACGGAGAAACGCAAAUAACAAGAUGCGAAUAUAAACCAACAGAGGGGAAGAUAUCAAACUUGAAAUUAUUUUCUAAUGGAGACAAAAUGUUGUACGUCAUGGAAAGAAACGUACCGCAAAAAGAUGUGCCGUAUAGCAACAAGCUCUUGUUAUUCGAUAUAAAAACCGAAAAGACAUCUAUCCUUAUGGAAUCAUCGCUACAUCCCAUAGAACCCGUUAUCUUAAACAUUAAUAACAACGAUAUAAUCGUCUGGAGAGAAACGAACAACGGCUUGAGGGUAUGGAUAAACACUAAAGAAUCGUACACGGUGAAUAAUACAGGACAAGUUGCAUUUAUCCAUAAAUUGAAUGAUAAAUACAUAGUAACGAUCACGAAGAAUGGUGUCAUAUUGAUCUGGCAGAUUGAACAAAAUUGGCUGCCAAUAAGUCGAAGGGAAUUAAACUCAUUGGAUACAACAAACAUCUCGUUUAGUUGUCUAAGUCACAAAAAGACUUACUUAGCCAUCUUAAAUAAAUCGCACAAUCUGAUGUUCUUUACCUUUUACGAAAACGAAACGAUAGUGCCAACACGUAUAGAAACGAAACUUUACUCCACGCAUAAUUUUUCGCAUAAAGUGACCUACUACGACAUUUCGCAAGACGAGCAAUAUAUCGCGGUUGGUCUUGAAACUGGACUCAUCACUAUCAUCAACAUACCAACAAGUAUAGAGAUACAUCAGCUAAGCUUUCACAAUAACCCUAUUAAGCAAUUGUCUUGGGGCCCAACUGCCUUAAAGGCACCGAUCCUACUUUCAUUAGCAAACGACGAAUUAGCUUGGUGGAAUGUCAAUCUACACUCUACGGAUAAAUUCAACGUGAAGCAAAGGAGAAGUCGAAAGGGCAUUACCCACAGCAAGAGCACCCCUUCGUUCAAUACAAAUAAAACACUGCCGAUUCAACAAAUUCCUAAUAGCCAAAGUUUAGAUACUGAUGGAGUUUGGAUAUCAAAGUUACAACAUAACAAGGAAUCGAGCGCAAGCACUUCAAACGGCGUUGACAUGCAUAUAAAUUGGAAGAGCAAAAUAAGCAAGGAUCCCAAAAAAGCAGCAUUGUUGGCGGCUGUUGAACUGCCGCAAUGCCGUACCGCAAAAAUAUGUAUCUCUCCAGAUUUUAUGAAAUUCGUCACGGUCGAUAUUUAUGGGGCCGUGAGUACAUUCAAACCAUUUAGCCAUGCUUAAUUAAAAGAUGCUAUAAAGCUCAAAGGUGGGCUUUCAUAGCAUUAAUUUAGAAUGCAAUUCUUCGGAAUGUGCAAUUAUGCAUUUGUGAUAAGAGUAUGGUUCUACGCAAUAGGAUGUGAUUGCAUGAAUAUAAAUUUGACAUAUGCUUGAAACAUGCAUAUGUGCAUCUAUACAGGAUAAUUAUAUUCUU